AUGAGCUGGCUGAGCAGGUUGAACCCACGGGGUCCCGGGAGUCGGUCCGGCCGGAGUGCUGCCCCCUCCAGCCCCUGCACUGCUGACCCAGAGACCUGCCUCAUGGUGUUUGAGAACCACUGGAGACAGGUCUCUUGGGUGUUGGAGCAGCACGAGCCUUCAUCCUCCAGCGAUGACCUGACAGCCGUGAGGAAUCACACGGACCAGAUGUUAUGUCUGUUGGCGGAGGAGAGGCCCGCUGACAGCUCAGAGGGCGGCGCCAGCGUGCCACCCAUGGGCCCCAUACUGGAGCUGGUGGUCACUGAGAAUAUUCUAGAGUGCCUGGUUCAGUGGCACCUCCGCCGCGGCCUGGACCCGGACAGCCAGGGGGCCCUGCUCAAGCUGUUUGAGAUGCUCAUCGGCCAGUCCCAGCAGCCUCUGCUGCAGCACACAGCCAUUCUCCACCCCCUGCUGAGGCUGCUGGGAGCUUGCGCUGACCCAGAACUUGGCUGUCCUUCAGCCCUGGAGAACAGCCUGGUACUGCUGCUCAACCAGGUCUGCGUGACCAUGGCCCGGCAGCCAGUGGUUCUAGAGAUGUUGUUCCGGGCAGCGCCAGCCCAGCAGGGCUCCACCAAUCUACUGAUCUUCUCCCUCCUUGUGCCGUUCAUCCACCGGGACGGAGCCAUCGGACAGCAGGCCCGAGACGCGCUGCUGCUGGUCAUGGCGGCCUCAGCCAGCCACGAGGCCGUGGCACGCUACAUCGCUGAGAACUCCUACUUCUGCCCGGUGCUGGCGACGGGCCUCAGCGCGCUCUACUCCUCUCUGCCAAGGAAGAUCGAGGUUCGAGGAGACGACUGGCACGCCCUGCGGCGGGAGGACUGGAUGAGCGUGUCGUCCCUCGUGUUGUUCAUGAACUCGCUGGAGUUCUGCAACGCUGUGGUGCAAGUCGCACAUCCCCUGGUCCGCUACCAGCUCCUGGACUACCUCCACAACGGUUUCCUUGUACCUGUCAUGGGCCCUGCCUUGCACAAGUCGUCGGUGGAUGAGAUGAUCGCCAGCACCGCCUACCUGGACCUUUUCCUGCGUAGUGUGACUGAGACUUCCCUCCUCAAAACCUUCCUGCGCUUCAUCCUGCUGCAUCGCCACGACAACGACACCAUCCUGGACACACUGCUCACGCGCAUCAGCAGCAAUUCAAGGCUCUGCAUGGUGUCGCUGAGCCUCUUCAGGACUCUGCUCUCCCUGCACUGUGAAGACAUCAUGCUGCAGCUCGUUCUCAGGUAUCUACUGCCCUGUACCCAUGUAAUGUUGAGUCAGCGUCGUGCCAUCAGGGAGACGGACAUUUAUGGAAAGUCAGCAGACAAGUUCCUGUCGCUGAUCCCAGAGUGCUGCCGGCUGAGUGCGGCGCCCUCUGCUGACCGGGAUGAGGACAAUGCAUUCUGGGGUAAAGCGAUGAACAGUCCGAGCACAGAGUCUCCAGCCCCGCCCAGACCCAGCACCCCGUCCCGCUUAGCCUUCUUCAUCCGCCAACAGAGCAGUGGAGGAGGAUCAGGAGGAGGGGGUCCCCCUACCCCCACCAGCAUGGAGCCACAGCAGUCGGGUCCUGCCAGCUCUCACCCCAUGUCCCCUGACAGCCCGAUGCACCAGCAGCAGACAAACACUGAGUGUCUAGAGUGGGACUCGGGUUACCUGGAGUACCUCAAAGAUGCUCGGCGGGACAUCGAGCUCUGCUCCUGGGCCUGCCGUGAUUGGUCGGCACCCUAUGAUGGCGAAAACCCCUCCCCAAACACAGCCCCUCCUCCCCCGCCUCCCCCUACCUCCAACCCCUCCAUGGCUAUGUUCCCGGAGCACUUCUCUCUGCAGCAGGGAGGAAACAGUAACACUCCUCCCGGCCAGCAGAGGGCGGCCAUCGUGGCUGCUGCGCGGUCUGAGUGGAGCAGCUCGGAGCGGGACAGCGGAGAGUGGGACGUUACAAUCGGCAAAAACAGCUGCAUCAGCCUCACACCACGCUCCAAGAAACGCAGCCUGCAGAGAGAAGAGCUCCUGCCGAAACCUGUACCUCCUCUCGUCCCGUCCUCCUCAUCUUCAGCCACCCCUCUAUCAACGUCCCACGCCGCCUUGUCCACAGCUCCGCACAUUCCCACCUCUGCCAUCACUGUUAGCUACCAGGCCAUGUACAAUGGAACAAUGGGACAGAGGGACAGCUGCUCAGACAGUCAGGACAGAGGGCUGGAAGUAAAGAAAGUGAAGAGAGAUUUGGGGGAGCAGCAGUAUUUGGAUGAAAAUGCAAAUCAAAAUGGAUCCCUUGUCACACGCCCCUCCCAAAGCUGCCCCAGUCUCCCACAGUCCAUUUUUAGCAACAGCGACAUCAGUGAUGCAAAAUCUCUUUGCCCUAACCAGAUUCCCUCACAGAGCUCCAUUCCCCAGCCAACGCCUGACACCAAACUGCUGACCAGCGACACCUCAAACCCACACAGCGCAUCCUCAGAGCUUCCAGAAGCCAACCAGACGCAACAAUCUGUAGAGAGUCUCAUCGAGGAGCUGCUGGAGCAGGCACCAGGAGACUCCCAGCUCUCCGGAGACUCCAACGGUCAAGGCAUCAGCAUCGAGGCCUUCACACAGGAACUGCGGGAGCUGGAGGACCGGGUGAAGGAACGCAGCAGAGCAGCCUUACAGCAGGAGGAAGCGGCCAGAGAGUCCCUGACCGCUGAGCGGCAGGAGGAGGAACAGCAGCUGUCCUCAGCCCUGGAGGCGAAGCUGACAGGCGACACAAAAGCAGAGGGGCCUGUGGUGGGCGUCUGUAGUCCUGCCAGACCACUAAAUCAGCCUGCAUCUCAGCCAUACACAGGUCCAUUCAUGGUGGUUCUGUUUGCCAAGCUGGAGAACAUGCUCCAAAACUCGUUGUACGUCAACAUCCUGCUCACGGGCAUCGUGGCCCAGCUGGCCUGCUAUCCUCAGCCCCUCCUACGUUCCUUCCUGCUCAACACCAACAUGGUCUUCCAGCCCAGUGUCAAGUCACUGAUCCAGGUUCUAGGUUCUGUGAAGAACCGUAUCGAGGCGUUUGCAGCCUCCCAUGAGGACUUCCCGGCCAUGCUGAAGAAAGCCCAGCAGUACCUCGUGGCCCGAGGCAAGGUGGACUGGAGUGACUCGCCUGCAGCUGUUCCCACCCUGCGGCGCUCUGAUUCACUAGUGAAGAGUCGUAAGCCAUCUCUCGGAGACCUGAUCCUCCGUCACACCAACAGCCCCACCCGGGCCCGUCACGCCGCUCAGCUGGCCCUUGCGCACGUACGGGACGGCAGCCAAUCACUGCACAGCGCUCUGUUCCGGGGAGGCGCAGGCGGAGGGGCGUCUGGCCUGGAGAAGCAGGCCGAGGCGCUGCGAGUGAAGAACGCCGUCUACUGUGCCGUCAUCUUCUGCGAGUUCCUCAAAGAGCUGGCUGCCCUGGCUCAAGAGCACGCCGUCACUCUGCCCUUCCCUCACAGCCAGGAAGCAGAGGAAUAG